AUUUCUUGUUUCUAUAUUUCGGUUUCUCAGACCAAAAGACAGGUAAUCGCAAACGUUUCGUCGCACCACAUUAAAAAUAAAACGUUUUUGAAAGCAAAAAAAGCGGGAUUAGGGUUUUGGAGCGUAGUUUAAUUCCCUCCGCCUCUUCAUUUUUCAUCUUCUUCGCUCUUUCACUCUCACUGUUCUUUUCUCUUCUUUCUUCUCAAAAUGGCGAACCCAAAGGUCUUCUUCGACGUUAGCAUCGGAGGCGAGUUAGAGGGUAGAAUCGUCAUUGAGCUCUUCAACGACGUCGUUCCCAGAACCGCCGAAAAUUUCCGAGCUCUAUGCACCGGCGAAAAGGGAAUCGGUCCCAACACCGGCGUUCCUCUCCAUUUCAAGGGUUCAUCUUUUCAUCGCGUCGUGAAAGGCUUCAUGAUCCAAGGCGGCGACAUUUCCGCCGGCGAUGGAACUGGUGGUGAAUCAAUCUACGGUACGUAUUUCGAUGAUGAGAACUUUGACCUAAAACACGAGCGGAAAGGGAUUUUAUCCAUGGCGAAUACCGGUCCCAACACUAAUGGCUCUCAGUUCUUUAUUACUACUACUCGUACUCCUCAUUUGGAUGGAAAGCAUGUGGUUUUUGGGAAGGUUGUGAAAGGGAUUGGUGUGGUUCGUUCUGUGGAGCUUGGUGUUACGGGUGAGAAUGAUCGGCCGGAGCAAGAUGUUGUUAUUGUUGAUUGUGGUGAGAUUGCGGAAGGGGAGGAUGAGGGGGUUAUUAACUUUUUUAAAGAUGGGGAUACUUUUGCUGAUUGGCCGGUUGAUCUUGAGACGAAACCGGAGGAGCUUGAGUGGUGGAUGAGUGCUGUUGACUCUAUCAAAAGUUUUGGGAAUGAACAUUAUAAGAAGCAAGAUUAUAAGAUGGCUAUCAAAAAGUAUCGCAAAGCUUUGCGCUAUUUGGACAUGUGUUGGGAGAAGGAUGGUGUAGACGAAGAUAAGAGCACUGCUUUAAGGAAGACAAAAUCUCAAAUCUUUACCAACAGUUCAGCCUGUAAACUAAAGUUAGGUGACCUUAAUGGAGCUUUACUUGAUUCAGACUUUGCAAUGCAUGAUGGAGAUAAUGCGAAAGCUCUGUUUCGCAAAGGCCAGGUGUAUAUGAUACUCAAUGACCUAGAUGCCGCUCUUGAAAGCUUCAAAAAAGCAUUAGAGUUGGAGCCAAAUGAUGGAGGCAUAAAAAAAGAGUAUGCAAUUGUCAGGAAGAAGGUUGCUGAUAGGCGUGAUCAAGAGAAAAAAGCUUAUUCUAAGAUGUUCAAAUAGCGAUCACGCGGUUAUGAUGGUUGUGGCUCUAUGGUCUGAAAAAAAUCAGAUUUUUGUGGGGAGCAUUUCUGAUUACAUACAUAGUCAACAAUUUCUGAUUUUCCUUUAGUGAUAGUCUAAAAAUAUCAGAUAUAGUGUAUGUUUUUUAAUUUAUGCCUUCUAGACUGAAUUUGUGAUAGAGAGAUAUUCUUAUCAUCUUUUUGUCAAACUCUUUGAGCAUCAACCAGUGAUUUUCUAACAGAGAUAGACAGAUUAAGACAACAGAAUGAGAAUUGUUAACUUUUUUA